AUGGCAAACAAGAAAGGCUCAGAGCCAAUCCUUGAUCCGUGUUUCGACUCUUCACAUGCGCCGAUUUUGGUUCAGAACGCCACACUUUUCCAAUCUCCUCGCUCUCAUCCUUCUCCUCCAGCUGCAACAAUUUUCAUUCAACAACCCCAGGCCAACUUGGACACCUGUGAGCCACUUGGGACAUCCUACCAGCAGAUGGCAGAAUCACAGAAAAGAGAGUGCAAUGAAGACUAUUUUUCACAACGAGAAAGUGCCACCUUCAGGGUGAGGACUGUAGCCCUGGACAGGAGACACAGUGCUGAUGAAACCAUCAGUUCAGGCUCGGGGCCCGGGCAAGAGCAGAGUAAAUCUUACCAUUUUCACCCCUACCGGCGACAGUUUAGUGAUGGAGUUGUGAAGGUUACAGACUGUCAACAAAAUUUCCCACCUUCCUACACCUGCCUUCAGGAUGGGGCCAGUCCUGACACACACAGCUCAAGCAGCGAGGCACCAGCAUCUUGGGACCAGUACAAUGGUGGUUUACAAGCUUCCAGACUGACGAGCUCACAAAAUACUUAUUCAGAACUACCAGCUGCACCACUGGAGCCUUCCUGCUUCCUGUCAGAAAGUCACACCUCCUCUAGUUCACUGGGGCCGCUGCAGCAGUUCUCUUCGAAUGUGAACUCUUCUAGUGGCCAGUCCAACAACAAUCAGUAUUCCCUACAAUGUCUCUCCCCUUUGUCGCAUCAGGAAAACACUACACAGACCAUCUUCCCCAAGCCCAUAUACUCAUACAGCAUCCUGAUCUUCAUGGCUCUGAGGAACAGCAGGACAGGAAGUCUUCCAGUGAGUGAGAUCUACCGCUUCAUGACUGAACACUUCCCCUAUUUCAAGACAGCUCCUGAUGGGUGGAAGAACUCAGUGCGUCACAACCUCUCUCUCAACAAGUGCUUUGAAAAGGUGGAGAAUAAGAGUGGCAACUCAUCUCGUAAAGGCUGUCUGUGGGCUCUCAACCCGGCCAAAGUGGAGAAGAUGCAGGAAGAGUUGCACAAGUGGCGUCGAAAAGAUCCUGUUUCUGUUCGCAAGAGCAUGGCAAGACCAGAAGACCUCGACCAGCUUCUGGGGGAGGGACCAGAGAAGCUAAGGUCUUUGCCAGUCAACCGCAACCCAGGCUCAGUUUCCAGGCUUGUCCGUCCCUGUAAUACUGCCACUUUAUCUUUCAAUCCGACCCAGACCCAAGAAUCCCCCCUCCCUAUUCAGCAUUCACACUAUUCCCACAUUGCAACACUGACACAGGAACCUUACUAUCAUCCCCCCACUGUUCAUCAUCCCAGCAACUCUUUUCCCUUCCACUUACCAUGUAGACAACCACCAUUAUCUGAUGUACCAUCCACCAUGGGAGACUUGAACUCCCCCAUGGCCGAGAAAGCUCCACCAGCCUACAGGUCUGUUCAAGAGACAGAGUACAAUGUUGGCCCCAAGAACAUUCACGAGUUCCUGUUUGAAGGAGAUGGCGGUUAUGACGUUGACACUCUCAAUCCUAGUCUGACGGAUCUGCAGCUUCAAGGUAACUUGUGGGAGGAAUUAAGAGAGGACAGCCUGGUGUCUGAUUCAUUAGCGGUUAUCACCACCAACCCUUCCACCACCUCUCCUUUGUCCUCCCCACAUAUCCAGAGCAGCGGUCUGCAGGCCAUGGCCUCAUUCAUUCAAACCUCAGAGGAAGGGGCCCAGAACAUGUGCAGUGGAAGUCGCCCUGACCAGCGUCCAAAUGGAUUUUAUCCCAUGGUUUACUCAGGGGUGGAGAGCUUUGCUGGGUAUUUAACUUCAUGCACCACCACUGUUUCUUUACUUUGA